AUAAUAUGGCUAAAACAAUCUGGUAACGCUGUUGCCAGAUAAGAAAAAGGCGCCGUAGAAAACCUGCAAUUCGACACCAGCGGACAGAUAGACAGGCCAGUGGAUGGAGGGCCGCAGCAGAGACGCACUCAAGUACCAGCAGCAGUAGCAGUAAAGGCGGCAGCAGGCAGGUGUAGCGGCCCCGAGGCAGUGGUGGUGGUGGUGGUGGUGUUGGUGGCACAAGGCAGCAUCAUGGAGGAGGUCCUGGAGGCUUUGUACAGGGAAGCCUCGCCCUCCAAACACUCACAAUUGCGGUUCGCUUGUACGCAGGCUAAAGACGUGUUGGAGUCACAGGCGGGGCUGCUGCGGUCACCCCCCCACCAGCUGCGGUCCCUCUGCCUGGCCGCACUGCAGGGGGCAUUGGAGAGCAGGCAGUCCAAGCUGGUGACCCUCGCUGUCUCCGGCUACUACAAGCUGCUGCGAGACACUCAGUUCCACAGCGGGUAUGAGGAAGAUGACGAGAGUACCUGGCUGGCGGCUCAGGUGCUGUCCACCCUCCACUCCCUCCCCCAGCAGAGUGAGGAUACCCAGGUGGAGCUCCUCAAGGUGGUGCUAAACAUGAGCUGUGUGGCGGGGGUGAGCACCUCCGGCCAGCUGGUGACGCAGGUGGUGGGGGUCUGUGGCCUGGCCUACGGGAGGGGGGGGGCUGCCCUACGCACCGCUGCCCAGUCUGCCGCGUCACAAGCCAUCGCACACCUCGUCAGGCAGCUUAAGGAGGAGAGUGAGGAGCAAGAAAAGAAUUACCUCAGCAACGCACAGGGGAGGAGGAGGAAGGAGGAGGUAGGCGAGGAGGAGAGGAAGAACGAGGAAGAAGAGGAGGAGGAGGAGGAGGGGGACUUUAUAGCUCCAGCCUUUGAUGAGUCGGUUCCUGUCAUCAAUUUCAUCGCCGACAAACUGAUGGAGGCAAAGAGACAUGAGGAGGACAAAAAGAACCCUGAGAUCCCUGCCCUUUACCUGCUGGAGUGCACCAAGACCCUGCUCACCUGUCUCUCCCAGCCCGAGACACUAGUUCACCUGCACAAGCCCUCGGAAGGUGGCUCGUUAACCUCUUCCUCUGGGACAUCCGCUUACUGCUCCACCCUGCUAACUGGAGCGCUGUGGCAGAGACUGUGUCCGGCCCUGGUGGCACUGCUGGGCACCCCUGUCUCGCACCGCCUGGCCAGGGUGUCAGGCAGGGCAGAGGGCCAGAUGGGGAGGGGGUCAGGCUGCAUGGCUCACCCCGGCCCUCUCUUCAAUAACCAACAGGCCAGAGCAAUUUAUGGGGUGGUGUGUGGCUUGGUGGUGACGAUGGGGAGUGUGGGGGAGAUGCGGCCAGUGCUGGAGAGCUUGCUACACCGAAUGCUGCUGUACCCACCCCCACAGUGCCGGCAGGAUGCUCUGAAGGCAGUGACGGAGCUCCUGGCCAACCCUAUGAAGUUAGUGCAGCUGGCAGGCCCCAUUCUGUACCCCGACCCAAGGAACCCACACCAGAAUGACAUGGCUCUCUUUCGCCUUGUGAUGGACAGCCUGGGGGAGUGUGCCAACUGUAGCGAGGCUGGGGUGCUGCGGGUCCUGGUGGAGGCAGUGCUGGUGCUGCUGGCGUCCCUAGAGAGGCUCACACAAGGCACCAGUCUCUCCAAACACCAAGUGGGCCUGACCAACACUAUGUAUCCACACCUUCAGGAUGGUGACUACUCUGGCCCCCUUACUUACGAGAACAAGACGAGGCUGCCCAAGUACGAGGUGCAGGAGGUGGUGAGGGGGAGCAGUGACCCCUCCUCCUCCUCUGACACCCACUCACAGAGGACUGAUGACCUAGAAGAGGAGGAGGAGGAGGAAGAGGAAGAGGAGGGUAGUGUGAAAGCUCUGCAAGAAGAUGAAGAACAAAGUGCGGAAGAGGAGAAGAAGACAAAGCAGAAGAGGAGGAGGAGGAGGAGGAAGAGGAAGAAGAAGGAGGAGAAGGAGGAGGAGGAAGAGGAGGAGGGAGGAGGAAUCUCAGAUGCCUCAGGAGACACAGAGGGGCCAGAAAAUGUGGAGUCGGGAGGAAGAGGAGCAGUUCUCUCUCUCUCUCUCUCUCUCUCUCUCUCUCUCUCUCUCUCUCUCUCUCUCUCUCUCUCUCUCUCUCUCUCUCUCUCUCUCUCUCUCUCUCUCUCUCUCUCUCUCUCUCUCUCUCCACAGUUUGAGUCAGCCAGCGAGGAGGCAGAACAACAGAGGGAGGAGAGAGAAGCCCUCCGACUCCACCGCCUCAAUGAAACACUGCAGUCCACCUCUAAUCUGCGCCUGAUCGUGGACGAGGAGGCAGCGAGGGAGUGUGAGAAUGCCCGUCACUUCGCCUGCACCCUAUGCGCCCUACUGCCUUCCCUUCUGGCCAUCCGAAGCACAGUGGAGGUUGACCAGGCCAUACUCGAAUUUUCCUCUAAAUAUUGUGAAGGAGUCUUCACAGCCACAUCACAGGAGGGCAGCCAGACACAGGUGAUUCUCAACGCUGACGGCAUCUACCUCACCACCUACUCAGCCCUGUCCCUCAACCUGCAGCUGAUCCGAGGCGGCCAUUACUGCGACCCCAGCCUUCCCUUACCACUCACUCAGGACCAGUUUGUUGAGUUGGUGCACGGCAGUGGGGUGCUGGUGUACCUGUCUGCGGCCUGGCUGGGGGAGGUGCACAAGCAGGUGGUGCGUGACAGCUUCCUGCAGCGGGCCGGGUACUCCCCACUCCCCCCACAACUGUGCCCUCAUCAACCUCCUCACAGAUCUAGAUGGACUGGGCAGUACCGAGCAACGCAGCCAGAUGUUAUCAGACCACAGGAGGCUGGAGAGGGCGGCCAGCAGCAUCACCCAGACACCCGAGGUGAUGGCCUCAAGCUGUGUCGCCGCAUCGUCACCUGCUGCUGGGAGACAGUGGUGGGGGUGCUGGGGGCAGUGCUGGGGGGAGGGGGCAGCACGGCACUGCGGGGGCCCAUUAGACUGCUACUGGGAGCCGAGAGUGCCAGGGAGGAGGCCAGGCGGUCCCAGGAGCUGCUGGCACAGUGCCUCAAUGCCCUCCAGAGUGCUGCACGUCUGGCUAAUGUGUUAGGGCUACAGAAUCGGUGUGGAGUGGUGUUCUCCCUCCUCUCUUCCGCCUGCCUUCCCGACGAGGACAAGAACCCCUCCACUCCACGUCACUCCACCCCCCGCCACCGCCUGCGCUCCCCUUCCUCCACCUCCUCCACCUCCUCCACCUCCAGGAAGCCGCAGCGCCUCCACACGGCCCACCUGCUAUCCCUCCAUGUAAUGAUGUCGUCAGGGCUGGAGUUAGGGUCGCACUCCCCUGACUGCUGGACACAUAUAUUUAGGUGCUGUGUGUACCUGGCAGAACUGGAGCACACCUUCUUCAGCCACCACAGCGGAUACCAGUCCUUCCCCACGCGCCUCACUCCACCCAACUCCUCCUCCUCCACCUCCUCCUCCCUCUCCGACAGGACCAAGGGUGACUCCUGUGAGGAUAUGUUCAGUGAGGAGAUGAGCAGGUACCUGGUAACUCCUGUGGCCGGCAACACCACUAUGGAGGAGUUGAUCAAGGAGAGCCAGAGGGACACCAGUAGUACAGGGUUCCUCUCCAUUCAGGACACCGGCAAGGCUAUCUGUGCCCUCACGCAGCUGGUGGACAGGCUGUUCGACGACGCCUCCACCAAGCUGAACAUGUCGUCCCUGGUGAGCUUCCUGACAGAGCUGUGUGCUGCAUCCCAGGCACAGCUCUUCAUGCGCAUGGCACCCCAGACGCCACAGCGGGCCCUCAUUAGGUGGCCCCGGAAGUUCAAAUUUAUUCCUUCUUCCUGUAUUUAUUCUCUCCCUCUCCUCCUAUCCUCCUCUUCCUCUUCCUAUCCUCCUCUCCUAUCCUACACCCCCUUAUUCUCAUCCCUUAUCUCCCUCCCUCCACCCCCAUUGGCCCAGGGUGGACGAGGGGGCGGGAGGGAAGGAGUGGGGUCAGGUCGCGGAGGCUGGGACGUCCUGCUCCUCCACCGCCUGGCCGAGGUCAUGCUGAGGGCAGUGGGGUCAGGUCGUCCACUCCUACAUGUCAUGAGGGCUUGGGCUGUUGCUGGGCCUCACUUCAUGGAGGCCGCCUGCCACAAGGACGCAUCAGUUAGCAAGAAGGCAGUCAGUUCCAUUCAUGAUAUCGUCAAUGCCCUGCUGAACUCUCACUCCGAGAUGCCUCACUACCACUUCAACGAGGCUCUUUUUAAGCCCUUUGAGAACCUACUGUGCCUGGAGCUGUGUGACUCGGAUGUACAGGAACAGAUCAUCAGCAGCAUUUGUGAGUUUGUGGAGAGCUGUACGCCGGAGAUAAGGUCAGGAUGGCGGCCUCUGUUUGGUGCCCUGCGGUGCGUCCGAGGCCCCUCCCCCAUCAAGGCACCCCACCCCCCGCCAGGGUCGGUGGGCAGCAGAGAGGGUAUGGGGCACCUGCACGUGGUGAGGGACGUGUUUGAGGCCUUUCUCACUACUGACAAUGUUCUGGUGUUCGCCAACGCUGCUCUCGACUGCAUCUUGUGUCUCCUGAAGCACCUGCGAGGGCCUGAUGACGAAAGUGAGGAGGAGGAGGAGGGAGGAGGGGAGAAGGUGGUGGGGUGGGAGGAGCUGGUAGGUGGAGGGGACCUGUGCCUGGAUGCCCUCCGUUACCUCCACCGCUGUGCUGCAAUCCUGGCAUCCAUGUACCAGAUGCCAGCUUGCCCUGUCUUCCAUGCUGCACACAGGAUCACAGUGAACACUCCGCCCCAGCUGGUGGACCCACACCUGCCCAGCGUGGAUGAGAACCACCUGUGGACCCUCCUGGAUGACAUUACCGGCACACAGACAGAAAAGGUAUCCUACAAAGCACUGUGGCCAUCGCUCGAAUACGUGCACAGGACAUCAGUGUCGGCCCUGGAGCACAGUAGCGGCAUCCUGCAGGUGUGGUACUUGCUGCUGGAGGGCCUGGCGGGGGCUACCAUGACCUGCCCCCAGCGGUACCAGCCCCAGGCACUGGACACGCUGUUCUCCCUCUUCCGCAGCCUGCCUGAUUGUCCGGGCCCCACCUAUGGCAUGUACUGUGUGAACCACCUGCUGCUGCCGCUGAUGCAAACCUGGCUGAGGCGCUCCACCACCCACCUCUCGGCUGCCCCUGCCUGGGAUUUCGCUGCCUCCUUUAAGCAGUACACAGGCCUCACCUCGGACCUCGUUGUGGAGUACGUGACAAGGCUGGCAGACAAGGGCAUGCUGGAGGAGAGUGAUGCCGCCCUCCUCAUGCUGCAACAAUGUCUCCUGGUGCUGGUGGAGUGUGUGGCGCACCCCAGCGAGGCCACUUCCAGGUUGGGGUGUGCCUGUCUACGCCACGUCGUCACCAGCUGCGGGGAGUGUCUGCCGCAGCGUUUCUGGGAUGUGGUGGUGUGUGCACUGCAUCGCGCCUCGCAGGUGGCUCUGUACCCCCUAUACCAGCUGAUGACGCUCUUCCAGCCAGACUCCCCUAACUUCUACGGGGACAUAGGGCAGGUGAAGGUGGCAGCAAGGCGAGACUGCACUGGGAAGGACAGUGAUAGGCUCCGGCAGCUGUCCCACCAAGUUUUCCUCUUAGACGCACAGAGAGGAGGCAGCGUUGCCACAGCCGACACAAACCCUGACGCAGAAGAUCGCUCGUUUAUUUUCCUGCUCUACCCCGAGGACCGCCACUACCACCAGAGGGCCAGGGAGCCACUUCGAGUACCAUUCAGGACACUAGUGGUAGGGCUCCUCUCUCACCAGAUCUUGUUGCAAACGCUGGGUACCUUGCUUGUCAGAGGCUCACCGCACAUCAUUCCAAGCCUGGCCAACGUACUCCUACAGGGAGGCGAAUUCUCAAGACGCAGCAGCACCACAGAGGGCAGAGUGGCAGAAAGUGAGGGGCAGGUGCCAGGGAUGCUGCGCCACAUGCACCCACACCACAUCCACACCCUCCUGGCCGCACUGCACCUCUCCUACACCGCUGCUGUGGAGUUUGACCGCAGACCAGGAUUGAAAUUUUUGAUACAGAAAGUAGCACAGGCAGAGAGGGCAGCGAAUCUGUACCGGCAGGCUGGUGCUAGUUGGACACUCCGCAUGGUCACCCUCUUUGACCUGACCCUAUCGCGGGUGAAGCACGGAUUGGGCUUAGCGGAGGUCAAGGAGGUGCUGGAGAGAGACAUGAAGGCCAGGAACACAGUGACAGACAGCGGGGAGAGAGAGAGGGAGAGCAAGAAGAUCGACAGUGAUGGUAACCCAGGGAGUCGUGAAGCAGCAGAGAGUGAGGGCCUGUCUAGUGCGCAGAAUACUAACCCAGAGGAACAGGAGGAGCUGCAGAGAGGUAAAGAGACCACUAACAACACCAGUACAGCCCACACUAGUCGCCCUGCUCCCCCCACAUCACUGCUGCCCAAGGAAACGUCGGCCUACAUACAGAUGCUGCGUUCCUCCUUCACACAACUCUGCGACAUCUACCUUGACUUGGUGAUAGACCGGGAUGGCCACUACUCAGCCGUGGACCGCAUGGACGACCAGCCAAUAUUCUUCCUCACGGUGCAGCCGGAUGAGUUCCCAACUGCGCACCGCCACUCCUUAGACCAGUGGACAAAGAGCCUCCAGGAAUCCAGCAAUGAUUUGGCUCUAGGACGAAAGACGAAGGACAGACAGGAUGCGAGAGAAGGAUCGGAGGAGAAGGAUUCCUCACAGGAUACUCCCAGCGAUGCCUGUGGAGAUGAGGUGGAGGAGGAGGUGGAGGAGAGAGUUAAACCAUUUUCUCUCUCCGAUUUAGCAAGGGAAUACAGCUCGGAUUCAGAGGACUCAGAGGUGCCGGAGUUUGCUGAGGGGGCUGACUCUGGAGUGGCAAGUCUGACAGGCACGCAGCAGAGUGUCUACAAAGUGGCCACAGAGAAGGAUAUCGCCCAUUUAAUGACAGACUACAGGCGGCGCAAGAAUCAGCAUUCCCUCCCAUCACUUUAUAGGGAACGGCGCGCAAACCCAUUCCUCGAGCGUCGCCCACCCCGCCCUGCCGACCCUGUGCCCCCGGAGAUUGAGGAGCAGCGGUCUACAAGUCUGAUGAAGGAUAGUGAGGCCCAUUUAAAAGUCUGGACAGAAAUGCUGGUGACAGUGUUCGAUUUGAUAAGCCAGCUGACUGAUGAGGAACUGCGGCCUCUGCUACCCCUUCUGUUCCCCACCAUGCGCUCCCUCACUGCCCACGCACACGACCCGCACCUCCGUCAGGUUGUGGCCGAGCUCCUCACAAGGGUGGCUGCUCUGUAUGGAUUUAGCCCUGCGGAGUGAGGAGCGAGAUGGAUGGAUUUGGAAAGGUGAAAAGGCAAGGAUGUUUUUUUUUUCUUUCUUUUCCUUUCUUUCCUUUUUUUUUUUUUUAUUGCGGGGUAUGUCUGAAGGAUAUUUAAAGGAUACGGGGCAAGGAUGGAAGGACUAGUGAGUUGUAGGAUGUCUGAAGGAUGAUGUGAAGGAUACCAGGCAGGGAUUUUGAGUUUUAUUUAUUUAUUUAUUUAUUUUCUUAGAGAGAGAGAGAGAGAGAGAGAGAGAGCCUUGUCAAAUCAACGUUCUCGCUUUUCAAGAACAAAAACCACGAUCGAACAAAAGAAGGUCGUGUCAUGACGUAAGAAUGAUCCAUAUUUAUCGGUUUAUUUUUUUCCUCAUCUUAUCUUUUAUUGUUCCACUUUGUCAUGUUUUUUUUUAUCCUCUUAUCUUUAUCUCUCUCGUGUGUGUAUGUGUGUGUGUUUGAAGAUUAUUAUAGAUAUCUUAUUCAGUAUUACAUUAUUAUUGUUUUACGUAUAUUUUAUUUUAUUUCUUUUUUAUAUAGUUUAUGAACAAAUUACUAUUAUUUAUUUAAGAAUCUAUCUCUCUUACUCUUAAUUUAUAUUUUUGUUUUGUCUUGUCAAUGAUCUUUACUUUUCUGAAAGAUCUUGAUUUGACUUUCUGAAUAUUUUGGAAUAAGACCGUACAAUUUCAGUGGAUCUUCAUUUGAUUAGCGUAUAUUUAGCAGGUAAAUUUAACUGGUUAGAUAAGAGGUAUUAAUUUAUUCAGUUAUUUUCCUUCGCUUUCUGUAAGAUCUUGACUUGACUUUCUGAAACAUUUUGAAAUAUGACCGUACAAUCUCAGUGGAUCUUGAUUUGAUUAGCGUAUAUUUAUCAGGUAAAUUUACAUGGCUAGAUAAGAUAUAUUAAUAUAUUCAGUGAUCUUUAUGUUGUCUAAGAGAUCUUGAUUUGACACAUUGAAGACUCAUUGGAUCUUCAUUUGACUAGCGUUCGUUUACCAGGUAUAAAUUUACGUGAUGAGAUAAGAGGCAUUUAUUUAUUCAGUGAUCUUUUUGUUGUCUAAGAGAUCUUGAUUUGACUGUUUCUGAAAUAGAUAAGAAAAAGGUGCAUGGUAGAUAAGAUAUAUUUGUUUAUUUAUUUGUUUAUUAUUAUUAUUAUUAUUAUUAUUAUUAUUAUUAUUAUUAUUAUUAUUAUUAUUAUUAUUAUUUUGUGUGUUUCUUGGUUGCACAGUUUGCGAGUUUGAAUUGGGAAGAAAAUUUUUGCAUAUUUAUCCGUUUAUCAUUAUUAUUUAUUUAUUUUUUUUAUUGUGAUAUUUAAAACUAGAAUGAUUUUGAAGGUAAUGGGAAGUUUGUACAAUUAUAUUACUUAUGUGUGUCUGUCCGUAUGUCUGUCUGUCUGUCUGUCUGUGUGUGUGUGUGUGUGUGUGUGUGUGUGUGUGUGUGUGUGUGUGUGUGUGUGUGUGUGUGUACAGCCUAGCGUUCAUAAGACAAGAUAAUUUUGUUUAGUUAAAAAUAUAGAUACAUAAAUAUGAAGUGCGAACAGAGAGAGAGAGAGAGAGAGAGAGAGAGAGAGAGAGAGAGAGAGAGAGAGAGAGAGAGAGAGAGAC